AUGGCGUUAACAUACACGGAAGUUGCACAGGUGGCAGAAACAGAACCUGAGGCAAGUGAGGGCAAGAUGCUACUCCAGAGUUGGCUAAACAAGAGUAUGAAAGUAGAGAUGACUGAUGGACGCACUCUUAUUGGCAUGUUUCUGUGUACAGACCGAGACAGAAAUGUAAUACUUGGAUCAUGUGAAGAAUAUCUGCAGCCACCAGGAAAUGAAGGAAAGAAAGAGGAGCCUAGGAUCUUAGGUUUAGCGAUGAUUCCUGGCCAUCAUAUUGUCAGCAUUCACAUAGACGAUGAUUCAAAAAAUGUUGCAGAAUUAUGACAAGACCUAGAAUAACUACUAAGAUAACAACUUUAUCAGAUGAAAUGUGUACUGUGUGUGCCAACAAAUAGCAGUCAUAUUUUUUCGAAAUUGCUGCUAGUGCUGUGAUGACUCUAAACUUGUUCGCGACAGUUUAUUCAUGUUCACUGGUGUUGAUGACAGAGAAAUGGGGGCAAUGGUUUUGCUUGCCAAUCGUUUGUUAGUGAGACUUGAACUACUCCUGAACUAGUCAUCAUUUUGAACAAAACACAACAGCAGGGACAUAGAGCAUGUAUUAUUAUAUUCAGUAAGUGUUACAUGUAAAAGCUGGGGUUUGAGCUUGUGAAGGAAGACUGAUAGACAUGUCAUGACUGCAGGGGCGUAGCUUCCUUUAGGCCGUGUAGGCCGCGGCCUACACAUUUUUCAGAAAAUCAAAUUAAUAAAAUUGCUAAAUCUGCAAUAAAGGCAUAGGGGCUUAAAUUUGAAAUCCCGACAAAUGCGUCUUAAUAUAAAUUUAAUUCAAGGUAAAAAAAGAUUGAUAUUGUUGUUCUCAUUAAUGUUUUUACAACAAAACGCACCAACCACAACAUAGCUAAAAUAAAAAUCGAGGGCGGGGGGGGGAGACACCCCAAGAAAGUGGCCUACACAUAUAUUUUCGUCAAGCUACGCCCCUGAUGAGAAAUGGUGGCCAAUUCAAAGUUUUAUUACAAUAGUGUAAAUAUUAUGUACCUGUCAUAGUCAAAUUAUGUUUUACAUGUAUAAUGUAACCACUGAUUGUGAUAUAAUUGCUUUAAUGAAUUAAAUUCAUUAAAGAUUUAAUUUGAAUAUUGUAUUCAUAUUAUAAUAUUAUUCAGUAUUUUCUUGAAGCAUUUUACUGCCUUCUAAAGCCUGUUUCUCCAAGCAAAAACUGGCUCUUUUCUAAAUAUGUUUAAAAUAUGACACUCAUUCCGUGAUUAAAAAGAAGCCAUGUUCGAAUUAAAGCUGCACUCUCACAGAUUGAAUGUUUUGACAGUUUAUUUUUAUUUGUUUUGUCUUGGAACGAGCCAAUUUUUGCGUAAAAAAGGCAUUAAAAAACAGUGAUAUAAGACUGCUGACAACAAUUCAGAUUGCAGGUUUUCAUUUUUAUGUUAAUUUUUUUUAUGUAUUUGACGUAAAGCGUUAGUAACACUUUUAGCUAUAAGUCAUUAAUUUUCGAACUUAAAUAAGAAAAACUGUGAUCUGAUCUUUUAUCAGCCUUAUAUCACUGGUUUCACGCAAAAAUUGGCUCAUUCCAAGACAAAAAAACAAAAGAACUUGUCAAAACGGUAAAUCUGUGAGAGUUCAGCUUUAAAACACACAUUUUCGCACAAUAUCUGCUUUUAUGCACAUUUUAUAGAAAUAGAAACAAACGUAUAUUUGCUAUUAUAUCAUUGCUUUGGCAUGUUUUUCCACUUUUCGAAGUCUAAACAUUUUUGAAGGCAAAGGCAAAGAAAACAAAAUCACUCCUACUAUAAAUAAUCUAAAUGACACAAACAAACUCCUGUAGCAAAUAUGUUGGUUGUAAAUGCCUAGUGCGUCCUAUUACUUUGAAAUGUAUACAGUGUUGUGACAUAAAAAUUGCUUUAGGCUUCUGGGGUUCUUUUAAAAACUACUCUGAUUUACACACACAAUCGAUUAAUAUGAUUGGUUCUGUUUUUACAUUUUCCCAUUAGGGCUAUUCCAUUUAAACAUGUAACCCCCGGGGGGGAAGGCACUUUUAAAUUAUGCCCCCCUCCCUACAGAAGCAAAUUUACCCUUGUAGGGUCCAACUUAGCGAAAAAAGACGUCCACCUAGAUAUAGUAUUUUAUUCCCCUGUGGGUUAUAUGUUUUAUUGGAAUAGCCCUUAGAUAACAUACAAUGUACAUGACAAAAUGUGUAUUAUUGCAUUGGCAUUCAGCUAUUAUAUGAUUAUCUGAGACACAUCAGCUCAUGAAUGUUUUAAAUUUGCUUCUAGUAAUGACAAAUAUGGCUUGGUAUGUUUUUGGUGCCAGCACAACUAUUUGAGGCUGAUAACUUCAUUAUUUAUAAUCCAAUCAUGAUGAAACUCAUGAUGAGUCGGAAGGCAUAAUGUCUCGUUCAAGUUUGAUUGUCGGAUAAACAUAUCAUGGUCCAUAUUGUCCCGAAAUGUGGUCGGUAAUGUCCCCAAAUCUGGUCCUUUAUGUCUGGUCCGUGAUGUCCAUGGUCCGUUAUGUCCGUGACCCGGAUAAAUUACCUCAGUAACUAGAGAGUUAUGCCCCGUUUUACAUUAAAAAAGGUUCAUAUCUUGUGCAAACUAACUAUAUUUAUAACCAAAUUUAGCCAAUUAUCAUAACUCUUGCUGACCGUGUUUGCGGUAACAAUUGUCAGAUCAAGUUUGAUCUGAAGAUAAAUUGCCCCAGAAACACCAGAAUUAUUUCCCUUUUACAUUGAAAGAUAGUAUUUUUAUUGUACAGACAAAACAUCAGACAUAAAAUUGAUUUCAUAUCUAAUACCCUAUUACGGCAUAAUACUUUAUUUUAUGCUUUUCAUUGGUUUAUAGAUAUUUUUCAGUGAAAUUAAAUGUAAAUUUCACUGUUUCAGACCGUGAAAAUGUCAAUUUGAUGUUUCACUAUUAAAAAAUAAAGCUCGCUCACGA